GCGCGCGGGCUCAAUCGUAAACAAACAAAAUGGCGGCCACCUAUAGUUCUCCUCAAGUAGUGCCUCCUCCAAGGCUAGAGCAUUAUGUUAUCACCGAGAAAUUAGGCCAGGGAACAUACGCAACUGUAUAUAAGGCAUUCAAAAAGGGUAACACCAGAGAUGUGGUUGCAAUCAAAUGCAUUCAAAAAAGUUCCCUAAGCAAGACUUCAACAGAAAAUUUACUCACUGAGAUUGAAUUACUCAAGAAACUUGAUCAUGAGCAUAUUGUCAAAUUGAAAGACUUUGUGUGGAAUGAUCAAUACAUUUUCCUCAUAAUGGAGUAUUGCAGUGGUGGUGACUUAUCCAGGUUUAUUCACAGCAGAAGAGGUCUACCUGAGCCUAUUGCUAAGAAAUUUUUACAACAGUUAGCUCUUGCACUUCAAUUUCUGAAUGUGAACAACAUAGCUCACAUGGAUCUUAAGCCUCAGAAUUUGCUGUUAUCAGACCCACAAAAUCCUGUUCUAAAAUUGGCAGAUUUUGGUUUUGCACAGUAUUUACAUAGUGGAGAGGAGACAAGGACACUAAGAGGAUCUCCUCUUUACAUGGCGCCAGAGAUGAUCUGUUCAUUAAAAUAUGAUGCCAGGGUAGAUUUGUGGUCUGUGGGUGUUAUCCUCUAUGAGGCACUGUUUGGUGUGGCACCUUUUGCCUCUGGGUCUUUUGCAGAACUUGAAACGAAGAUUCGAUCUUCAGCUCCUAUAGAGCUCCCUGUUGGGACCAAAGUGUCACAAGAUUGUCAGGAUCUCAUGUUGGCCUUGCUACAGAGAGAUCCCAUGGACAGAAUCUCCUUUGAGGAUUUCUUUGCACAUCCUUUUCUUGAUCUAGAACAUGUCCCAUCACCAUCCUGCUUAGGGAGGGCUGUUAAGCUUGUGACUGAGGCCAUUAAAAUGGAUGAUGCUAGUGAUUUAAAAGGAGCUGCAAAACUUUACUGUGAAGCUAUGGCUUUUUUUUUACCAGCCAUUGAGUAUGAAAAGGACCCAGAGAUGAAAACAAGAUUGAGAGAGAGGGUGAAUCAGUACAUGAACCGAGCAGAAGAACUGAAACAGUGCUUUAAGACAAAAGCACAUAGUAGCCCUGAUGAGCUACUAGCGCGUUACAGCAGUGAACACCCUGAGUUGAAUAAAGCCCUUCACCUUGCAAAUAUCGCGGAAAUAAGAGUACACCUCGUGGAUCGUACAAGGAAGCAGUGCAUUUAGAGGUGGAAAAGUAUAUGAAACGAGCUGAAGAAAUCAAGCUUUACCUUAAGCUGAGUAAAGAAAAAAUCAGCGUUGUCGGAGAAGAACAGCCACGGUGUGUACUACAGUGAGAGCCAACUCAAGAUUUCCCAUGGAAACCGGAAGAGGGUGCUCGAUUGUGAUGCUUUACACUUCUCGUGCUCAACAUGAGAAGCCUAACUUUAUGCCAACGGAUAGCGAGCCGGCGGAUGUAGGGUUUGUGUAACAGGAUGUUGAUAUCAAGGCUACGGAAAUGUGUACAGACAAAGACUAUUGUGCCAUAUUUCUCAACUUGAGACGCUGCUGGAGCCCAAGCACAUAAAAAUUCGCUUCAAGUGUUUCUGAAGUGUUAUUACCAGUGAUGAAGUGAUUAAUGUGUGACCACUGGUGACAAUGUUUCUUUAUCAUUGAAAGAACUUUGAAAUGCAUAGGAAUACUUGAUACUUCUUCAAGAUAAAGUGAUGUUAUCUUUCAAUUUGUUUUUCUCUGCUAGAUUUGUUUGAACGCAUAAGACUUUGUACUUACAAGUUAUAUCAGUAGAAUGAUAUUAGCUACUUUAAAAAACGUUAUGCUGACUAGAUGGUUAGUUUUAGUAUGUGACAUACUGGCCGCGUAUAGCCUUAACAAAGAGAAUUUUAAAAAUUCACAAUUGUUACAGCCUUACAAUAACAAGAAAAUAGAUUUUUGAAGUAUUUAUCUCUCCUUUAAUAACUUAAGGUAUAAUCGCCUCAUAAAUUUUCCCAUCCAAAAACCCGUCUCAGUUACUACUACUGGGAAGGGAAUGUGUAAUAUUGUUUUUAAUCUGGCUUAUCAUUGAGAAAACUAAACAGACAGUAGAAAGCUUUUGAGUCUGAUUGGUCAGGAAAUGUCACGCCAUCCCAUCGACCAAUCAGAUUUAAAACUAAAAUCAGUCGUGACUUGGUCACUCGCGUUUUCCCGCGCUUCGUGAGUUAGCUUGUUUACACUUUAGUUCUCUUUGGCUCCUUGCGAAAUGUUCCUUCCCUCUGAUUGGCUGUUGUAUUUACUUGGGCUUCGGGGUUUUUUUUUUUUGGACACUCAAUCGAAAAGAGCUCUAUUAGCUAACUUGUGGAUUGCUUUUCACGACAUAUAAAGGAGAUUAGGCGAUUACAAAAAAAAAAAAAACAAGUUUAAUUGUUCUCGGACUUUCUUUUCUUUACACUCUCUUUAGAUACACACUCGUUUGCUGAAGGUUCGCGUUUAUUUCAACUUAGCUUAAGUCACGCAAAGGAGGACGUUUUGAAGUUUAGCUGCGUCAUUAGGGUCGUUUGCGUCUCAAAUUAAAUUAUCACAAAAUAGGAAGUAACAGCUAAUCUGUUGUACCUUCACACGUAUCUUUUCUCUCGAUCUUUCAAACAACUGUUUAUUUUCUCUAAUCAUUAUAACAUUUGUUAUAACUUGUUCUUCAAAAACUGAUGGUUCAUUUGAUCAUAGAUCGAAAAGUUUUUUGCAACAUGUAGUUCUCCGUUAUUUCUAAUCAGACGAAGAACGAAGUAUUACCGUUGAUCCAAACUUUUCAGAUUGAGGAACAGGUCAAUUUAGUUUACCAGUCAAGAUUACACUCAUACUAUCUAAA